AUGACAUCAGUGGAACCAGAUAUUGAAAGUGAGGCAUUAUUAGAAACGGCAGCCAAUGAUGCCUAUCAAGCAAUCGUCGAAGAAGAAGAACUGGAUAACUCAUCACAAGAUGAGGACGUUGUUUGGUUAAGAGAACAAAUUGAAAACAAUAAAGCAAUCUCAUGGAUCAAUCGUCCGUCAGUUUAUAUUCUUGGAUUAGUGAUUUGUAUUUUCAUGAUUGCCUUAGCUUCUACUAUAGGAGUUAAGCAAAUUAUCCUUUUUAAAUUAGCUUGUAAUACAGUAGCUAAUUCUAAAGGUUAUUGUGAUCCUAUUGAUACUCAAGUAUUAGUUUCUUCAUAUGAAAUGUAUUCUAUGGUUGGUGGUACUUUAGUUUCCUUAAUCCCUGUGGCUAAAGCUGGAGAAUUAAGUGAUAUAUAUGGUAGGAAACCUUUUUUCAUUGCCAUGUUUGUAUCGGCAACAACAUCUCAUUUAUGUUCAUAUCUUAUAUUCCAUCAUUAUAAUACUUUCCCAUUUAAAUCAUUAUUAGCAGCACAAUGGAUUUCUUCAAUGUGUGGAGGGACGAUUAUGGUACCUGCAUUAAUUGGAUCAUAUAUUUCUGAUAUUGUGGAAUCUCAAGGAAGAAUUUAUGCCUUGGGUUUAGGAAUGUCAUCACUUUUCAUUGGUCAAUCAUUAGGACCAAUAUUUGGUAAUUGGAUAAGUUCAAUAGGUAAACAUUUAAAUCAAGAACCAGAAACUAUUAUUAUUAGGGCUAUUACUAGUUCAUCAUCUAUUCUUCCUAGUGAAUUUUUCUUAUUGAAAAUAGAAAUCAUUAUUGAUAUAAUUAUUUGUAUUUAUGUCAUUACAUUAUUCCCAGAAUCAAGAAAUGCCAAAGCUCGAGCAAAAUCAAGAGCCAAUUCAAUAGCUUCUUCUAAUUCAAGCGCAAGAGGUGUUGUUGCUUUUAGUGGUGGUGGUGGUGGUGAUGCUGCUGAUCAAUUACAAGAAUUAAAUAACCAACAAUUGACUACAACAAGAAGUAAAUUGAGUAUUUUUUUCAAUAUUUUCUCCCCUUUGGUCAUAUUAACUUAUCCUAAUAGUUUAAUCAAUGAAAAUAGUAAACAUCGGGCGUCACAAUAUAGAUUUGUUGUUAUAUCAUUGAUUAUAUCUCAAUGUAUCAAUAUGAUGACGAUAAUGACUCUUGGUCAAAUUUUAAUCCAAUAUGGGAUAUUUGUAUUUGAUUGGUCUAGUCAAGAUGUUGGUAAUUUAUUAACUGUUUUAGCAUCAACAAGAGCUAUUAUAUUGAUUGUUAUAUUACCAAUUUUCCAAAAUAAAAUCCUUAAAAAAAUUUUCAAAUUUAAAGUAUUGAAAAAACAAUUAGAUAUGAUUGAUUAUUCAUUAAUGUUAAUUGGAUAUCUGGUAGAUUUUAUUUUUUUGAUAUUAUUAGUAUAUACUAAAUCAACUACUCAAGUAUUAACUUUAGGAGCAUUUUAUUCAGUUGGUUCAAUAGCCCAUCCAACAACUCAAUCAACAUUAUUGAAAUUUUAUCCAACUUCGAAGACUGGAGUGGUGUUUGGUGCUAAUACUUUAUUACAUAAUAUAGUUGGAGUCGUAGCACCAGUUAUGAUUAUGAAUUUUUAUUCUAAAACUUUGAAGAAUGGUUGGCCUGGAGCAGUAUUUGUUUUAUAUUCUUUAUUGGUAUCGAUUAUCAUUAUUCUUGUUGUUGUUAGUAAACGAGUAUUGAAAUUAGAUGUCAAUACUACUGAUGAAAGAUUGAUUCGAAGUAAUUCUUCAGUUUCAUUAGCAAGAUCCUAA